AGUCAGGUGACGCUGCGGGGCGGGCGGACAGACUGCGGGGCGGACGGUGGACGCAGGGACGCGGGUAUAGCUGUGGCCCCACGGACCCGAGCCCCGCCGUCGUUGCCGCCAUGACGGGGCUAGCACUGCUCUACUCCGGGGUCUUCGUGGCCUUUUGGGGCUGCAUGCUUGUCGUGGGAAUCUGCUACACCAUUUUUGACUUGGGUUUCCGCUUUGAUGUGGCAUGGUUCCUGACCGAGACUUCCCCCUUCAUGUGGUCAAACUUGGGCAUUGGUCUAGCUAUUUCCCUGUCUGUGGUUGGGGCAGCAUGGGGCAUCUAUAUUACUGGCUCUUCUAUCAUUGGGGGAGGGGUGAAGGCCCCCAGGAUCAAGACCAAGAAUCUGGUCAGCAUCAUCUUCUGUGAGGCUGUGGCCAUCUAUGGCAUCAUCAUGGCAAUUGUAAUUAGUAACAUGGCUGAGCCUUUCAGUGCCACUGACCCCCAGGCCAUUGGGCAUCGAAACUACCAUGCAGGCUACUCCAUGUUUGGAGCUGGCCUCACAGUGGGCCUGUCUAACCUCUUCUGUGGAGUCUGCGUGGGCAUCGUGGGCAGUGGAGCUGCCCUGGCUGAUGCACAGAACCCCAGCCUCUUUGUAAAGAUUCUCAUCGUGGAGAUCUUUGGCAGUGCCAUUGGCCUCUUCGGCGUCAUUGUUGCAAUCCUUCAGACCUCCAGAGUGAAGAUGGGUGACUAGAUGAUCUGUUUGGGUGGGGCCAUGUCCCACUCUUAUUUAUUUGUGGUUUUCCCAGGACAGCUGGAGCUGUCACCCUUGGCCUUUCAGGGGGCUUGGUGUUCAGGGCCAUCCCUGCACUUGCUUCUUGCUGCCCAUCAACUUGGAGGCACUGCCUGGCUGGAGCCUCAGUGUGGGGAGUGGGUCGCUGACGACCAUGUGCAGCUCUGCACCUGUGUCCCACCCCUACCCCCCAAACCCAUCUUCCCAGUGUUUGUGAAAUAAACGUGGUUUUUGUCUGGGUCA